GCCAGCGGGAGGAUCCAACUGACGCCAACUUCGUUCCCUGCGGGGAAAACAAGACGCAUCAAGGGACCAUGCUCGUCCUCUCUGUACCUGUGGAAAUUUGCAAGGCCAUGCCAGGGUUCCUGGUUUUUGGCAGGUCCCACUGAAGCUGAGCUAGGAGAAAAGUGACUGGCUGCACAUCUGUUUGAGGUAGACGACUUCCUCACAGCCGAGGGCGGUGAAGCAAAAACUUUAGGAAUCGGAGGGGCAAAACAGGCAAGAUGGGCGCUAUCGAGGUGUUUGUAUCCCAGAGGGCACGUAAGCGCAAGUUGGCGCUCAUCGCAGCCGGAGCAGUUGCAGUGGCUGUCGUUCUGGUUGCAGUCGUGUGCUUGGCUGUCAGAAUUCCUCGUCACGGAUCGCACGGUCGCCACGAGGGCAAUGACGCCUUACGGUCUGGGGAAGUGGUUUGUCGGCAGACUGAGUAUGAGGCUGAAUGUCUUGCUGCGAUGAAUGCAACCCUCCCAGAAGGCAGUGACAAAUUGGGAGACGGCUCCAAGGCUCUGAUCAGAGUCCUUGUCUAUUCCCUGUCCGUCGCAAAGAACCUUAUGAACAUGACCAGCCUCGAGCUCACAACCCUAGCUAAUUCCAACCAAACGUCCGACGACCCCGUCUACAUUGCAGCAUCCGAAUGUACGGUCGGCCUGGACGAAGCUGUCGACAGAAUGGACACGGCCAUAGACCUUGUCAUGGAAGGUAAGUUGUUCGACGCCCUGGAGGAACUCAACAUGGUCGCCACUUUGAACACGGAUUGCGCCGAAAGUCUUUACAGACUUAACGAUACGUCGAAGCUUCCAGGGUCAAUCAACACUGCCAUUAACCUAGCGAUGAACCUUGUGAAUGCAAUGAAGCUGACAGACAUUGCGACAGUCACCUCCUCUCUUACGGCGUUCGGUCCGACAAAUCGCCGUCUUGCGAUGCGGCGACUUCUUGCCGAGAGUCAGGGACGAAUCGACUAUGUUGUCGCGAAAGAUGGCUCUGGCCAAUUUGACACAGUCCAAGCAGCACUGAACAAGGUUCCUUUGAGGCCCGAACGCGAGGAAGGUAAGCCGAGGGGUUGCAGGAGAGUGGUGAUUCAUGUGAAGGCGGGGAGAUACGUCGAGAAGGCGGCUGUGAAUAAGAACUCUUGCCCAGUAACUCUCAUUGGCGACGGUAAGACGAACACAGUCAUCAGCUGGAACGACACCAUUCAAACAGUACGGGAUGGCAAGCCGGUGGGCACAUGGGGUUCGUACACCUUCUGGGCUCGCGGCGAUGGCUUCAUUGGCGUGAAAAUCGGAGUCGAGAACACGGCUGGGAUAGACAAAUUCCAGGCAGUUGCGCUCCUCGCUCAGGGAAGGAAGAUUGUGUUCAUCGACAGUGGGUUCUCUGCCUUCCAAGACACUCUCUAUGCGAGGGCCGGAAGCCAAUACUAUACUAAGUGUACCAUAAAGGGGACGGUGGACAUGAUCUUUGGAAAUGCUGCUGCCGUUUUCGACUCGUGCAACGUCACAGUGCGUCCCAAGAAUGGGCAGACGACAGUCACAGCUCAGGGCCGGACGGACGAAAACCAGCGCACAGGUUUUGUGUUCCACUCCUGCCGAAUCGACGCGGAGCGACUUCUGAACGGCACCUCAGUGACGUUUCUUGCAACAAACCAAUACAUGGUGGUUUACCUCGGCCGACCGUGGAGACCUUAUGCCAGAGUUGUGUACAUCGGUUGCUAUCUUGGAACUAUAUCUCCCGAAGGGUAUCUCAAGUGGGCGCUUACAGACGACCACAAAACGGCUGAGUACUACGAGUACAAGUGUUAUGGCCCAGGAGCUAACAGAUCGGACAGAGUGGGGUGGUCCCACACUCUGUCGGCCAAGGAAGCCGAGGAGUACACCGUCGAGAAUUUCCUGGAAUCUGGGGGCAAGAAUCCAUGGGUGGAGAGUCGUGUCGCCCGCUGGUGGGGGUAAUAUCCCUGUCUGAGUGUCUGCAAAGGUGUGAGGAGAGGGGAAGAACAGGGACAUAGGAGUUGAGCGAGGACCCAAUGAAUGGCCAAGGAGGGUAGGUAGGAUGGGCAACAUCUAUCCUUUCUUCUUUUUUUUUCUAACUGAAAGCUAGGCUAAGCAUAUAAGAACUUACAGAAUCAAGGACAGGUGGAGAGUCAUGUCACUUGCCGGUCGGGGUAAAUCGGCUCUAUCCCUGUCUGCAAAGGUGUGAGGGGAAGAGAAGAAAGGGGAGAAGAUGAGAGUGUGAGCGUCAGAGCAAGGGCUCAGUGAAUGGCCCAGGAGUCAGGACGGCAGGACGGGCAAGAUCUAUAAUUGUCGUCGGUUUCCGCUUUUCGCAGAGAGAAACCUACUACGAUAAUUAUAAGAACUCACAGAAUCGGGAUGGAUAGAUGGUGACGGAGGAGGAUGUACAAGCAUUGUAGAUUCAUGAAGACUGUGUUCUUCUAUCUUGUGUUUCAUUUCGUGACCGGUUGUCGAUCUACCAAGAUGCAGGAUGUCUCAUCCGAGUAUUAAGGUCAUAAUUAACAGAGAGUGUGGCUUGUGGGCUACUAUAAGCUCGCUCGCUCGCUCAGUCGCUGCCGAAUUAAUGGUCUUCCUCCCAGACGAACCACCGCGAUAGUACCAACCCUCCUUCUUUUCAACUGACUCUUUUCUUCUUAUACUUUCCCCCCUUUCUCUCCUCUUCCUGGUGGGAUAGACCCUGAGGAUCUUCCUUGCUUCGCUCCCCGUGUUCGUGUUUGUGUUCGUGUUUGUGUUCGUGUUCGUGUUCACACCUGUCAUCCUCUUUACCUCCAUCCAUCAUUUUGAGUGGACUCUGUUCCAAUUGUUUGCUGUCGAUUCCAAUCCCCUCAAACCUGCUGCUCUGCUCAUUUCUUCUGUGCCUUUUUUCCCCUUUCCUUUGCCUGUGCUAGGAUUGUCAAUAGAAAUGAAGGGGUUCUGAUCGGUCAUUCAUCAUGGCUCUGAACUGACCAUACUGGGUCAUCCAUGGCCUCAAUUUGGUAUCAGGAUGCAGUUGGGGGGGUUUGUCCGGACAUCGAUUCAUCGAACAUGGCCCCGAUUUGACCAUACUGGGUCACCCCUGGCCUCAUUUUGGUAUCAGGAUGCAGUUGGGCUUUCUGCAGUGGCUUUGUCUUUGACUCGGCCAAGUUGCGCCAACUGUCUCCGACUCUCCGCGGCGUAUGGGACACCCUCACCUCACUAGGAAUCCAGUCCUGGGCAUGCAUUGUGAUUGAGCACAGACAUAUUUGACACAAAUUGAAUAAGAGGUUGUGUUCGGAAAUCGGCAUUGGGCCCAUUUGGUUCCAGCUGGUGAAGACCAGGGCCCGGUCAUCAUGGCCUUAACGUUUGCCAUCAGCGGUAUAAGAACUUCGUUUCAUGCACUUUUUUUGCAGAAAGCAAGCAGAGCAGCAACAUUUUUCAUUGCCAAUCCUAGGCUUAGAGUUCAGUCUCUGUAGAAGCAGAAGCCGAGCUGAGAGUACGCCUGCGCAGCCCUCCAGGCGUGUAACAGUAUAUAAGUUAAAAGUUAAUCCCAGAUUCGCUA